AUGGCCGUUCAGUCCAAACUGCUACCGCCCGAACGUUCCGUCAAGCAAAUACUCUCCAGUUUAACAUCCCUCUACCUCCGAAACCGCACUCGCAUCUCACGCGGCGUAUACCUUGCACUCUUCGCCGCGCUUGCCAAACGAAUCCACAAUGCAAUCUCCGAGCAGAAAGCCGCGUCACAACAGGUAGAGCUACGCCGCCGUCCUGGCACCAGCAGUCUCGGCGAUGAGGAACAACCCCGCAAGAAGCGCGUCGAGAUUAACCGGGAGUUUUUCAAACAUUUGCUUCGUUUAUUGAAAAUUGUAAUUCCCGGCUGGCGCAGCAAAGAGCUGCGUCUGCUGGUCAGCCACAGUGUCUUCCUGGUGCUGCGCACGCUGCUCAGUUUGUAUGUUGCCGAGUUAGACGGCAAACUCGUGAGCAACUUGGUGCGCGGCAAAGGGAAAGAUUUCUUGCUCGGGCUUGUUUGGUGGAUGAUUGUGGCUAUUCCUGCUACUUUCACUAAUUCUAUGCGCCUUACAGACUACAUUCACGAGAAAUAUCUCUCCAACAUGACCUUCUAUGCUAUCUCUGCCUUGGAUGAUCGGAUCAAGAAUCCGGACCAGCUCGUCACGGUCGAUGUCUCUCGUUUCUCGGAUAGCUUGGCAGAGCUUUACUCCAAUUUGGCCAAGCCGAUUCUCGAUAUGGCUAUCUACAACUAUUCGCUGUCUAAGAACGUGGGAGGAGAAGGCCUCUUCAUCAUGAGUCUGCUGGUGCAACUGUCAGCUAAUGUCAUGCGCAUGCUGACUCCGCCAUUUGGCAAAUAUGUUGCCGAUGAAGCCCGAUUGGAGGGAGAGUUCCGCUUCCUCCACUCGCGGCUUAUUGACCACAACGAAGAGGUGGCUCUCUACCACGGUCACGAGGCCGAGAAGGAUACCCUGGACAAGGGUUACUUCACACUAAUCAAGCAUGUGAAUCGCAUCUUGCGUCGGCGUCUCUACCAUGGAUUCAUGGAGGACUUUGUGAUCAAGUAUUUCUGGGGAGCUUUGGGCUUGGUACUUUGCAGUGUGCCUGUCUUCUUCAAGAUUCCUGGCCAGGCGACUCACAGCAUGGGAGACCACACAGAAAAUUUCGUAACAAAUCGUCGCAUGUUGCUUUCCUCGUCUGAUGCUUUCGGUCGACUAAUGUUCUCUUACAAAGAGAUUUCCGAGCUGGCUGGUUACACGUCGCGGGUGUCCUCAUUAUUGGAAGUCAUGGACGAUCUGGUCGCUGGGCGAUUUGAGAAGAAAUUGGUAUCUUCCGCGUCAACAGAAGAAAACGCAGAGGUGCUCUCUGGCCGAGGUGAAGUAAUGGAAAGCGAUGCAAUCGAAUUCACUGACGUGCCCAUCGUAUCGCCAAAUGGCGAUGUUCUUGUGCGCAAGCUAUCUUUUACCGUUAACCCCGGUGACCACCUUUUGAUUGUCGGACCCAACGGGUGCGGUAAAUCGUCUCUUUUCCGGAUCCUGGGCGGGCUCUGGCCGGUAUACGGAGGCACAGUGAAGAAACCCCGUUUCGAGGAUAUUUUCUACAUACCUCAGCGGCCUUACCUAUCCCGUGGAACCCUGCGACAGCAAGUGAUCUAUCCAGACGGUGUCCACGAGAUGCGCGCCAAGGGUAUUACCGACGAGGACCUGUACGAGGUUCUAUCUGUGGUCGAGAUUGAAUCUGUCGUAGACCGCCCUGGAGGCUGGGAUGCGGAAGAAGAAUGGCGUGAUGUUCUGUCUGGUGGCCUGCAACAGCGUAUUGCUAUGGCUCGGCUGUUCUACCACCGGCCCAAAUUUGCUAUUUUGGAUGAAUGCACGUCCUCGGUGACUUUGGAGAUCGAGAAGGUCAUGUACGAGACGGCUAAGAAACUCGGCACCACUCUCAUGACUGUUUCGCACCGACGCAGUCUCUGGAAAUAUCACCAGAAGAUCCUACAGUUUGACGGACAGGGUGGAUAUAUCUUUACCGGUCUAGAUUGGGAGCGGCGCUUGAAACUUGAAGAGUAA